AUGUGGUGCCGCCUGUCUUCUGCAGGGCUUUUCCAGAGGGCCAUCAUCCAAAGUGGUUCUGCUCUGUCCAGCUGGGCUGUGAACUACCAACCAGUGAAGUAUACCAGCCUGCUGGCAGACAAGGUAGGCUGUAACGUGCUAGACACGGUGGACAUGGUGGACUGUCUUCGUCAAAAGAGUGCCAAGGAGCUGGUAGAGCAGGACAUCCAGCCAGCCCGCUACCACGUGGCCUUUGGCCCUGUGAUUGAUGGCGAUGUCAUUCCUGAUGACCCUGAGAUUCUCAUGGAGCAGGGCGAGUUUCUCAACUAUGACAUCAUGCUAGGUGUCAACCAGGGCGAGGGUCUCAAGUUUGUGGAAGGGGUGGUGGACCCUGAGGAUGGUGUCUCUGGCACUGACUUUGACUACUCAGUCUCCAACUUCGUAGACAAUCUGUAUGGCUAUCCUGAGGGUAAGGACACCCUGCGGGAGACCAUCAAGUUCAUGUACACAGAUUGGGCAGACCGUGACAAUCCUGAGACCCGCCGCAAAACACUGGUGGCGCUCUUCACUGACCACCAGUGGGUGGAGCCCUCGGUGGUGACCGCUGAUCUGCAUGCCCGCUAUGGCUCACCUACCUACUUCUACGCCUUCUACCAUCACUGCCAGAGCCUCAUGAAGCCUGCUUGGUCAGAUGCAGCUCAUGGGGACGAAGUACCCUACGUUUUUGGUGUCCCUAUGGUAGGCCCCACUGACCUCUUUCCCUGCAAUUUCUCCAAGAAUGACGUUAUGCUCAGCGCUGUCGUCAUGACCUACUGGACCAACUUUGCCAAGACCGGGGAUCCCAACAAGCCGGUCCCCCAAGAUACCAAGUUCAUUCACACCAAGGCCAACCGCUUUGAGGAAGUGGCCUGGUCCAAAUACAAUCCCCGAGACCAGCUCUACCUUCACAUCGGGCUGAAACCAAGGGUCCGCGAUCAUUACCGGGCCACUAAGGUGGCCUUCUGGAAACACCUGGUGCCCCACCUAUACAACCUGCAUGACAUGUUCCACUAUACGUCCACAACCACCAAAGUGCCGCCCCCGGAUACCACCCACAGCUCCCACAUCACCCGCAGGCCCAACGGCAAGACCUGGAGCACCAAGCGGCCAGCAAUCUCCCCUGCCUACAGCAAUGAGAAUGCCCAAGGGUCCUGGAACGGGGACCAGGAUGCAGGGCCACUCCUGGUGGAGAACCCUCGUGACUACUCCACUGAAUUGAGUGUCACCAUCGCUGUGGGGGCUUCCCUCCUGUUCCUUAAUGUUCUGGCCUUCGCUGCCCUCUACUACCGCAAGGACAAACGGCGUCAGGAGCCCCUGCGGCAGCCUAGCCCUCAGAGGGGAGCCGGGGCCCCUGAAUUGGGAGCUGCUCCUGAGGAGGAGCUGGCAGCGUUACAGCUGGGCCCCACCCACCAUGAAUGUGAGUCUGGCCCCCCCCAUGACACACUGCGCCUCACUGCGCUGCCUGACUACACACUGACCCUGCGACGCUCCCCUGAUGACAUCCCACUCAUGACACCCAACACCAUCACUAUGAUUCCCAACUCCCUGGUAGGGCUGCAGACAUUGCACCCUUAUAACACCUUUGCCGCAGGGUUCAACAGUACUGGCCUGCCCCACUCACACUCCACUACCCGGGUAUAGCUCCAGCCUAGAGCACAGCCUAUCUCCUGGCUUCCUCCCUCCCAGAUCCACGAACACACAUGCACACAGACACACAGCCACAGACACACAGCCACACACAUACACACACACACAUUCAGACAUAUAUGUAUACGCACGCACCCACACCCAACAGCAGACCCACCUGCACAAACAGAUGGACGUGGACAUGCACCCGCAUGUACAAAAACACAAAUAAGGAAGUAAACCUGAACAAACCCUUCAAACGGGGACGCAAAUGAGUCCUUGGGAAACUGAGGACCCGUGGAACAGCAGCUGAAGCCAGCUCCCUGAGCCUGAUCACAGACAUUCCUGGGGGCCUGAAAGCACCAGCUGGACACCCCCCUUGGUGCUCGCCUUCCGCCUCUCUUGGAACUGCACCACCGACCAACUCCAGACUUGGGAGCUUUAAAGAGCAGGGUAGCUCUUUCUCCCCCAGACUUGGUCUUUUUUCUGGGUCUUGUUUUUGUUGAUUUUUAAAACAAUUUUGGAACAAAUGCCUCUCCAACCCAUGAGUGCAAAAGGCUCUGGAAGGGAGGCUCCAGGCCCAGGUCUCUCUGUCUUUGGAACCCCCAGCGCUCACACAAUCCGACCAAGAAACAUGACCCCAAGAAAGAAACAGAUUUGAGCAAGACCAUGGGGUGGAAGGAGGAAGGGGCUACCGCUGGAUGGGGUUGGAGGGCCAUAGGGGGAGAACCCUCCAGCCAUCUCUGUGCCCCUGUGGAUGGCUGCAGAGACUGCAGGGUGACCUGCUUUCCCCAAAGGCCGCACGCACUGGCCUGGCUAGACCAGGGGACCCUAGAUUUGGUGAAUGAGGUUCUAGUGGAGGCCAUGUCAUUAUUGGGCCCCUGGGUGUAAUCUGGGUUCCGCCUCUGCCCUUGGGGUAAUGGUAUCAGAAAUUCGCCCCAUUUUCUUUACAGAGUCUCUUUUGUGUCUGUCAUUUCUCUUUCAAAAAGGCAGUGUUUUUUUGUUGUUGUUGGCUUUUUUUUUUUUUAAAGAAAAGUUCUUAAAACACUAACGGAAACCCAUGGAGUUUGUCCUUUGUAAAAUUUUAAACACAGUGUCUUGAUAUAAAAAUAAAAAAUCCAGUUAGCACUCCCAAUCUGCCUCCCUUGCACAGGCCUUGCCCCAACAGACGCCCCCAACAGGGCACCUCUGUGGGCUCAGAAUCCAGCCUGCCUCUGCAUCCCAUGCCUUUAAGCUGAGACAAGUCUGGGCUGCACUCUGCUGGCCCCCCUGCACACAUCAAGGCCUGUCCAAUCUUAAGCAGGUUGCUGCCCCCAUAACGUGCCCCACCAAGUCCCCCCAACACUCUGGGUUCCUGCAGCUGAAGCCUUCUCUCAGCACCACAGGCCUCCUAAUGAAAUGGCAAAAAUAACACUUCCUCCUCCUCCUCCUCCCCUCCUACUCCUUCUCCUCCCCCUCCCCCACUUUCUCACCAAUGCCUCUGCCACUG